AUGGCGUCGCAGCCUCUGUCUUCGUCGGUUCAGCCGACGGACAUCUACGGUGGAGAUGAGGUCUCGGCUCUCGUUCUCGAUGCGGGCUACUGCAACACACGCGCCGGCUUCGCAGGCGAAGAUGUUCCGAAGUCUGUCCUCCCCUCGUUCUACGGGCACGUUGGCACGGGCGACGCCGCGCGCGACAUCUUUGGCGACGAGUGCCUGGUGCCGCGCGCCGACUUCGAGCUGCGCAACUACAUGAAUCGCGACAGCGAGGUGGAGGACUGGGACGCCGCGACGAAGAUCUGGGAGCACAUGCUGGUGAAGCGCCUGCAGCCCGAGAGGCCCACUCCGCCGUCCAAGAACGGCCUGAACACCGACAAGAAGGAGGGCGCGGACGGCGAGGGCGACGUGUCGAUGGAGGACGCAGAGAACCAGGAGCUGGAGGAGAAGCCCCUGGCGGAGAAUCCACUCCUCAUGACAGAAUCACCGCUCAACCCGGGCAAGAAGCGAGAGAAGGCCAUCGAGAUUGUCAUGGAGAACUGGGGCUGCCCUGCCUUUUGGCUCAGCAAGACGCCGGUGCUGUCUGCUUUCGCCGCAGGCAAGGCUUCAGCGCUAGUCAUCGAUGUUGGCGGCGCAAACACUACGGUCACGGCGAUUCACGAUGGCAUGGUGCUCAAGAGAUCGAUCCAGAAGUCGCCGGUAGGAGGGUUGUGGCUAUCUUCGCAGAUCCGCAGCCUGUGGGAGUCUAGCGAGCCCAAGGUUGACCUCGUACCUACGUUCAUGAUCGAGAACAAGACACCUGUGCCUGCCCUAGAGCCAGCACAGUUUAGGCUGCGAAAGUUCCCCUUUGAGAUCCACCCGUCGUUCCGUGCAUACGAGGAGGAGCGUGUUCUCACCGAGUUCAAGGAGUCUGUGGUUGAGGUCUGGAGGGGUCCUGGGCGUUACAGCGCACCAGGUAACGAUGAGUACGUCAAGUCACAACCCGGCCGCGUCUUCGAGAUGCCCGAUGGCGCCAACCAGAUGUGGCGCGAGCAGCGAUUCAAGGUCUCCGAGGGCAUGUGGGACGAGACAGCCGCCUUCCCUGUGGCAGAGGAUGCUCGUGUGGGUAAGGCCCAGACGAUCCCCGAGCUCAUUAAGGCGUGUCUCAAUGGCGUGGACGUCGAUCUCCGGCCGAACUUACUAGGCAACGUCGUCGUCACCGGCAGCACAAGCUUGUUGAACGGCUUCAACGACCGCCUCAACAACGAGCUUACCCAGAUGUACCCCGGACUCAAGAUCAAGAUCCACUCGGCGGGUCUGACCAGCGAGCGACGAUUCGGCGCCUGGAUCGGCGGCAGUAUCCUAGCCAGCUUGGGCACCUUCCACCAGAUGUGGAUCUCGCGUAAGGAGUACGAGGAGAAUGGCGCAGGCAUCGUUGAGAAGCGCUGCAAGUAG